AUGAAUAUUUUGGAUUAAAGCAGUGUAUUUGUAGACAAUAGCUCCUACAUGCUUGCUAAAAACAGUGAAUCUGCAAGUUAAAUGAUAAAGAACAUAGCGAACAUUGCCAUUCCCGUGAUCAUUGGACAGUUCUUCUCGCUUUUUGUGGAAAUGAUCAAUGUUGCUUACGUGGGCAGACUAAACGAUCCAGCCAAGGUGGCAGGUGCUGGUCUAGGUAAUAUGUACGUCAACAUUUUCUGUCUCUCUAUCGUUUUCGGACUAAAUGGCGCAAUAGCCACACUUGCAUCUUAAGCCCACGGUAGCGGAAACGACAGAAGAGCUGGUCUAUACUUGAACAGAGGCAGAAUUGUGAUAGGACUAGCUUUCAUUCCAAUUAUUUCAAUUUUACUGUGCACUGAAAAAUUCCUUAUAAUGAUCAAGCAAGACGAGUAAGCUGCAAACUAUGCUUAGACCUAUGCAUACGGUUUAAUUCCAGCUAUGAUCUUCCAAUCUCAGUUCGAUGCCACAAGGCAAUUCUUAAACGCCAUGCACAAGACCAAGGUUGUGAUGAUUGUGAAUAUUUUGACCAGUUGCUUGCACUUUUUAUGGUGCUAUCUACUAGUAAUGGUGGCUGGCUUGGACAUCAGUGGAGCUGCUCUGGCUACAACCAUCACCUAUUUCUCCAACUUCAUUAUUGUGACCAUUUACUGUGCCAACAGCCCAGAUCUUAAGGAUUCCUUCUUCUUCCCAGACAGAGAGACAUUCAAGGAUUUAGGAGACUAUCUAAGAAUUGGCAUUCCAUCAGCUAGUAUGCUUUGCCUUGAAUGGUGGAGUCUUGAAGUACUAGCUCUAGUGGCUGGAUACAUCAAUGUGAUUACUACUGCAUCUUUUGUUAUUAUUGUGAACACUUUUUGUGCUAUGGGAAUGUUUGCGUUUGGUGCUGGUAUUGCUGCAAGUGUUUGCGUUGGCAAGGCUGUUGGUGAGGGAGACCAUCACAAGGCUAUGCAAUACUCAAAACUCAUAGUGAUGAUGACUUUCGUAAUGGUUAUUAUACUCUCAAUUUUCCUAUUGCAGGCUAGAACUAUAAUAGCCAUGGUAUUUACAACUGACGAAUAAAUGAUUGAUCUGAUUUCUAAUGCCUAUUAGAUCUUAGCAGGGACUUUGAUACUGCACGGUCUAGGUCUGGUUUAAGGUGGAGUUCUUAGAGGGCUAGGUCUUUAGUCCAGGGGUACAAAGGUUGUGUUGUUUGCUUUUUACUUUGUUUCUUUGCCUUCAGCUUACCUUUAUGGUAUCUAUUUUGAUAUGAAGCUAGAUGGGUUAGUUCUUGGAAUCACCUCAGGUAGCUUUACCUUCGCCUUACUUAACUUCAUCAUACUUAAUUUUACGAUUUCUUGGAGGAAAAUAGCCAGAGAAAUUCAUCAUAAGAUGAAAGAAGAGAACAUAAACAAUCACCUUAGUAGUUAUAAAAGUGUCCCGACUAGUCCUGGAUUUACUUAAUAAUACUAGACAAGAUAAAAUUAAGAUGGUUAAAUGAUUACUAUCAAUAUCACUGAGAGAUAAGACACUGAAUGCAGUAAUAAUAACCCAGCAACAGGAGUAAACGAGAGCCCAAAUCUAUCUGAAAAGCAAAGAAAGAAGCAUAACUUAAAAGAACCACUCAUUAAUAAUAUGGAUUGA